GGGAAAUACUUUGGCCAUUAAUCUCUAUAUUCAUUCAUUUCCAACGCAUCCGUUUGGAGGUGGUGACGUGUAAACUAAUAAUCUAACUGCCGGUUUAUAAAAAUUCCCGAAAGCAAGAGUGCUGCGGCGGCGACAGCUUCUGGAUUUCUUCCAUGAGACGACGGACUGGAGCUACAUCUUACUCUCUUACUUUAUGGACACUAUUGUUGCUAACGGUGGCGGCGACGGUGACGGCGGAGCUUGAAAAUAAUUCAUCCUCCGCAAGUCUAUUUUGGUCUACUGCCAAAGAAGAGGAGGAUCUGUUGCGUAAAACUGAACCUAACGACGAUUCUUCGGCGACUUCUGUCGUCAGCGACCAUGAUCAGCUUGACGGCGGCUUUUCUUCACUUGAUGGAAUGUUGCAGUGGGCCAUAGGUCAUUCUGAUCCAGCCAAGUUGAAGGAAACCGCUCAAGAUGUCCAGCGUUUAUCUCCUUCUGAGCUCAAGAAGCGUCAAAUGGAAUUAAAGGAACUUAUGGAGAAGUUGAAGAUACCAUCGGAUGCACAGUUAAUGCAAAUUGCAAUAGAUGAUUUGAAUAAUUCUUCUCUAUCUUUGGAAGAUCACCAUCGUGCAUUGGAGGAGCUUUUGAUACUUGUUGAGCCCAUUGAUAACGCAAAUGAUCUGAGCAAACUAGGGGGCUUUGCUGUGCUUAUACGAGAGCUUAAUCACCCGAACAUGGAUAUAAGGAAAAUUUCUGCAUGGAUUCUUGGGAAAGCCAGUCAAAAUAACCCUUUUGUUCAAAAGCAGGUCCUUGAUCUUGGAGCACUUUCGAAGCUAAUGAAGAUGGUAAAAUCUAGUUUUGUAGAAGAAGCUGUAAAAGCACUAUAUGCAGUUUCAGCCUUGAUUCGAAAUAAUGUAGCUGGUCAGGAACUGUUCUAUGCUGAAGCAGGAGAUUUGAUGCUUCAGGACAUACUGAGCAACUCAAGUAUUGAUAUCAGACUUCGCAGAAAAGCUGUGUUUCUUGUUGCUGACCUUGCCGAGUGUCAAUUAGAAAAUAUACAUAAAGUUGAGCUGCCUUUUUUCAGCAAUCGCUUGUUCCUGAAGUCUGUGGUUGAUCUAACAGCUUCAGCUGAUCUUGAUCUACAAGAGAAGGCCCUUGUCGCAAUUAGAAAUCUACUGCAACUCAGAACAACAGAAGCCCUGGUUUUAAGGGACUUUUGUGGUUUGGAUACUGCCUUGGAGAGGUUAAGGCAGCAGCUGCAGGAUUUAAUGCAAGAGGAAUAUCAGAGGGAUUAUGCUAUGGAUUUGGAAGCCCUCCGAAAAGAAGUGGAGCUGGUUUUUCACAGGAGGCUGGGUAUGGGAGCAAAGGUUCCAACAUGAUUGGAUGAUUGCCAACUCUCCCCAACUACACGACUCUACUAGACUAUGGUGGUUAUUGAUAAUGGAUAUGUAAUUCUCACUCUUUUUUUGUAUCAGGUUACUUUGCUACCGAGAAAGACCGAUAACAGGUUUUAUUUGAUUUUCAGGCUUUAAGUUCUCGUCUUCUCACAAAUUUGGAAGAAAUUCUAUAUUAAUUAGUGAAAGUCCAAUGUUGAUAGAUAAAAGAAAGUAGGGAUGUGUGAGAGCGAAAUUAGUUUUGUUGUGUUGUUCUUAUCAUAUUCAUAGCAUAGGCGAGACAGGUGAUGAGUUAUGGCAAGACAUUUCUUCUAAUACCGCCAUAAUAGUGAUGCAUAUUGGCAUCUCAACAUUGUGUACUCUGGUAGUUAAAUGUGAGACGAGAGUUCAAUA